AUGAAAAGAAGCUAUUUAAAAGCUAUAUAUUUUAAAAAUGAAAAACUUAAUUUUAUUAAGGUUUUAAAAAAAAAUAAUUUUAAACAAAUCGAAAAUGUAAAAAAUGAAAUAAAGUUUGGAAAUAGUAUAUGGUUUGUUGAUGAUUUAGAAUCACCCAAUAUUUUAUUUUCGUUUCAAUUAUUAGAUGCUCUAAUAAAAGUUAUUACAAAUGAAAGAAAUUUAGAAAAAAUAGAAAAAGCUAUUAAAUCAAUUAAUUGGGGCAUCGGGUUUUUAAAUAAUUUUGAUUUAUCAGCAAUAGAUAUCAAAAAAAUUAAAUUAGAUAUUGGUUUUUCUAGUGGUAUUGAUUAUCAUUUAAAGAAUUAUGUAAGUAGUUAUAUAUUACCAGAAAUAAACAGUAUGGAGUUAUAUAAUCUAUUAAAAAAACAAUUAGAAAAUUAUGGGUUUUGUGUUGGUUCAUCCCCGCUAUUUAACGAAUUUUUUAUAAAAAUCAAUGAUAAUAAAAUAAAAGAAGAAAAAAUUAAAGAAUUAGAAAAGAAUUUAGAUGGGAAUGAAGAUUAUUUAAACAAUGAUGAAAUUGAUUUUGUAAUGGAGAAAUGGGGAUUCAAAGGAGAACAUUCAAAAAAUGAGUUUAAAUGGGCAGUGGAUAAUAAAUUAGCAAUCUGUUAUAGAAUGAAAGAGAACUAUAUAGAUGAAAAUGGAGAUGGUCAAGUUAAUAGGAAAUUGGUAUGUUGGAACAUUAUCAAAUCAGAUGGUAAAACUGCUCAUUUUUACACACUACCAGAUUAUAGAAAUAAAGGUUACGCAAGAAAAGUUAAAUCUAAAGUCAUUAUUGAAGGUUUGAAGAGGGACAUCACCGUUUUUUCAUUCAUUGACGUUACCAAUAUCCAGUCUCAAGGUAUCAGUUUAGAGCUUGGGUUAAAAAAAGGAAAAGAAUGCCAAAUUUUAAAAGCAGAUAAAUUAUAA